AUGUCUUCAAUCGAGGAGAAGAAAAUGCCCGUUGCUGGCGAGGACAUCAUCCACCCUGUGACAAGUAACCAAGUCGCAGGCGGGGAUGACAACGUCAAGCAAGCCCAGUCCAAGGAGGUGGACCAAGCAGCACAGUUCCUUUGCGUCUGUCGAGCCAUUCCCUCCAAUGACACCAGAGCAGGAAAAGGCUAUCUUGCUGUUCAUGGACUUUUUGCCGCUGUCGACAAGGUUCAACAUGCAACCGGGGCUCUCUACGGCUUCAAAGAGGACAGCAACCUCCACGGCCAGGACUACAGCUGGCUUGGUAGCAUCCUCUCCCCUGGUAUGCUUGUCGGUAUUUGGCCUUCGACUUAUCUUAUAGAUAGACUCCCAGCGGGAAAAUACCUCAGCGCCUGCUCUAUGUGCUGGUCUCUCAUGACGUUGUGUAUCGCCGCUUGCCACAAUUGGGCCGGGCUCAUGGUCUUACGGUUUCUCAUGGGCAUCUUCGAAGCCAUUAUAAACCCUGGUACCACACUCCUCAUCUCAGUGUUUUGGAAGAAGUCUGAGCAACCCAUUCGAAAUGGGAUCAUUAUGACUGUCUUUAGCUCCGUCGUGAAUGGCUUCCUGUCAUGGGUCAUUGGCAAGAUUCCAGCUGACGCCCCGCUCGCUCGCUGGCAGUAUCUCUACCUUCUCACCGGCAGUAUGAAUGUUCUCUACUCGAUCUUCAUGAUAUUCUACCUACCAGACUCACCCAUCAACGCUCAUUUUCUCACGGUCGAGGAAAGAUGGCACGCGGUUCAGCGCCUGGCGGAAAACCGAACUGGCAUUGAUAGCAGCGAGUGGAAGUGGGAUCAGGCUUGGGAGGCUAUUCUCGAUGCCAAGAUCUGGAUAAUGUUCUUCUUCAACAUCGCUACGUCAGCUCUCUUGUCCAUGCCGAAUGGUGUCAUCUCCUCUGCUUCAGGCUUCCUGGCGUCUUACUUGGCUGCAAAAUGGCAAGGCCGUCGCACAUUUGUCGUCAUGCUCGCCACUCUCGUUCAUCUCCUCGGUACCGCUCUAGUGUACGCCCUCCCAAGGUCGUCGACUGGGGGCCAGAUGUUUGGCUUAUACUUGAUGUACUGCUAUUGUGCAUCAUAUGUUACAGCCAUCUCGCUACCACAGGCCAACACCGCGGGCAGCACGAAGAAGGUGGUCACGUACGGUAUUCUUCUCUUAGGAUAUGGAGCUGGUAACCUCAUUGGACCUCAGACAUUCCGUGAGGCGCAGGCUCCCGCAUACACUGGCGGAACCAUUACGAUGUUGUCUUGUUACUGCACAGCGAUUCUGCUGAUGGGUCUCUACCUCAUAGUUGCCAGGCUUGAAAAUCAUCACAAGGACAAGAAGUACGGCAAGGCCCAUCAAGUCGAAAAGGAAAAUAUGGAUGCUCUUGUGGAAGUCUAUCAGGAUUUAUCUGAUAAGCAGGAAGACUUCAGGUACACACAUUUGACAUUGGACCGCGUGGGACAGGAUGAUGGAUUGGGGUCAACAUAG